AAAUAUAUGGCAGAAUAUGUCCAAAACAAAUUGAAUGCUGGAGAAUGCUUCCUGUAAAACUGCUCUGCGAUAGGUUUAUGUGCAAGCUUACAUUCAGAAAUUUACCAUGUCUUUGGAAAAACUAUGGAUGAGAUCAGGGGCGGACUGACCAUUUGGAAACUCGGGCACUGCCCGUGGGCCCGGGAUGCCCCUGGUAUCUUUUUCAUAGGCUUUUUUGAGUUUGGGCAAGGACACAGGGGCCCCAUGAUCCCCUAUUGCCCAGGG